AUGCAGACCUCCCGCUUCCAGACCAUCGCCUCGCGCUUCUCGCCCGAGAGGCUCCGCAGCUCGUUCCGCCGCUCAUCCUCGGCCUCGUCGUCGUCGCGGGCCAGCAGCAACAGCAACCGGAGCUCCUACACCACAGCCAGCAUCUCGCCCGUCAACGCCAUCAACAGCGUCAUUGUGCGCCAGCCCUCCAUCGUCGACCUCGAGGAGGAGCGCAGGAGCUUCGGCAGCGAGCUCAACCUACUCGAGCCCAGGCCCAUCGUCUACUGGGGCGGCGUCGAGGAGCGCAUGGGCCGCUUCUAA